AUGCUAGACGAAGGAGGGGUGUUGAGUGGUACAUCGGCACUAUACGAUGCGAUGGAUCUAUCGGGGGGAGAGCACUAUCUGCUGGGGGGCAAUAUAACGCUGGACAAGGCUCAGGACGAACUUAGCAGCUAUAAGAAACGAAUUGACGCGAAUGUGGAACACCAACGGGAACACUCUGAUAUGAUGGCCACCCUGCAGAGAAAGGUGCAAGAGUACCGUCGUCGAUUCGCAGACAUCGAGGACCAUCUGGCAGCAAGUCGUAAACCAGCCGAUGACGUCACUUUUAAUCUCAGAGAGGUCAAAGAGGACUACGUGCCCAGGGUGAACAUGUCAAAGAGCUACGACGAGGGUGACCUCGAGCUCGCGUCGCAGCUGGAUGACGAGCGCAGAAGAGCAGAGGAAUUACGUCUCCUCUUUGAGCAGGAGCGUGCCCAGAAUGACCAACUUCAAACAGAGAUCCAACACUUAAGACAGCAAUUCGAACUGAGUCUGAUGGAAAAGGAUCGCUUAUAUCAAAGCAGAGAACGGGUUUGUUUUAUUUUUUAUUAUUAUUAA